CUUCCGGUUCAUUUUAAUGAGUCAGUUGUAAACUAUCCAUGCUUUCUAGCUAGUACUUUGCAAAAAUGCUAGCUAGAACCUUUCUAAAUGUAACUGUCUAAACAUAACUACCUCACGUUUUAUCACUACAAAGUGUUGAAACCUCCAGCGAUAAGAUCUAAAUUUGUAAUGUACUUGAUGAGUACUUUCAGGUACUCUGCCAAGGACUUCAUACUUUAUACUUUUCUUUAAGUACAUUUGUUGUACGGUACUUUGUACUGCACUUAAAGUAGAGCACGCGCUAGGUACCAGAUACUUCAACUACACUUUUGAGGUACUUAGCCCAUCACGUCGAGUGGUUUCUUACCAGCUUCUGCUGCCGUCGCACGUUCUAAAAAGCGUAUGCAAAUCGCUGACUUCCUUCUACACCUCACACUUGUCACAGUCGCAGAAGACACUCCUCCUGCGAUGGGAUUCGCUUUCAGACACAGCGAAAGUCCGAAAAAAUAUCUGCGCACGUGGCCUCGAGUUAGCUACCACCCCUUAUCGACUGGAGCGCGUUGGAUGCAGGCAUUACAAUGGAUCUGCAAAGUUGUUUUGUUAUGUUACUUGUAACUUGCCUCGUGAGUACAGUUUCUGCCGACAACGAAUUGAGGCAGCAUACACGAAGGUUGCGUUCUGUGCUUUUCAAUGAGACAACGUACGACCCAUGGAAACCCCCCAUUCGCAGCUUCAGCGACCCCAUUUCAGUGGAUGUUUCGUUUCAUGUGGUUCGGGCACCCACGUUGGACACGGGCAAUCAUCUGUUCCAAACAGACACCGUUUUGUGUACGUCCUGGAAAGACGUUCAUAUGAAAUGGGAUCCAUCCCAAUACGGUGGCAUACGGUCGUUGACGGUGGGGAGAAAGGAGGUUUGGACACCGGAAGUGACGAAUAUCAACGGGCUCGGCUUAUCCGCCAUCGGGACAGAGCCUGCUCGGGUAUGGAUGUCCUUUGGUGGCCGAAUGCAGUUCUGUAGGCAAUCGCCCGUGCAGUCUCUAUGCGUAGUGGACCUAAGCAAUUUCCCAUUCGACAAACACGAAUGUGCCGUCCACUACAGCAUGCUGCAGUCCUUUGCCGUCAAUAUCAGCAGCCUUAUCGUCUCCCCUGCUCGAUUCGAAAGAGAGCUCCGCGUUGUUCAAGCCACGGGAGAGAAGGAAAAAAUGGAGUCAAGUUUGGGCAACUCGUACGAGAGGCUCACUCUCCGCUUCGUACUCGAGCGACGCAACCAGCUUCAUCGCUACACCAUCGUUGUACCGUCCAUCGCCACUUUCGUGCUUAUCCUCUUGGUUGUCUGGUUCCCACCUGGUUCGGACCGUAAGAUCACCGUGGCCGGCGUCGCCCUGGUGCUCAUCUUCCUGGUACUGCACAGUACCUCGCACGUCACUGCUGGAUCUGUCAAGGUACCCAAACUGGUGAAGGCACUGGGCGCCUUGAUCAUGGUGGACGGCAUUGUACUCUUCUUGACAAUGCUCGGCAUGAACAUGACCAAGUUCCCAACUACGUCCACUCUCCGUCCGCCAUCAUUCAUCGUUAAACUCUCGGAAGGAUUCUUGGGCAAGGUGUUAUGUCUGUGCGACCCUGCCCUCUCCGAGAAAGAGGCCCGAGGAGAAACAACUGGCUACAACGCACGCAAGGAAUGGUACAUCGCGGCACAGGCACUGGACCGGUUGCUAUUCCUAUUCCUUCUCAUCGCCUUCGUCAUCAUCCUAUGCUGAUUGGUCCCUGAGCGAUCCAAGUUCGUCAUACUCCUCUGCUGUAUGUCCUAUGACGACGGAAUGAAUAAAAUCAGCGUGACAUGCUAAUCGCGACAAAGUUCGCGGAAGGAUGGAGGCACUAGAACAAAAUCAUUCCUCAAGAGGUGGCGACACUUUACAACAAAGUUUGUGUAAUUACGGAAAAAAUAGAUAAAUAUAUAUAAAGACAUUUCAAUUUGUG